AUGGAAUUCACCACACCUGUGAGGCAACUUGCAUGCUUGGAACCAGUUGUUUCCAUUUUGGGCAUCGCAAGAUUCGACCUUUCUGUGAGCCUUCUAGGUGUGAGUCUUUUUGAGCCAUUCCUUCCAUCGCAAAGUCUCUCCAAACCCGAUGCUUUCAUCUUCAUUUUGGAUUUCUUCCAUGUCGAUCUUCCAGUGUUUCUUCACAGUUUCAGUUGUUUUGAUUCAUCUUCAUCCAUUUCCAACUGCAUUUCAUCAGAUUUCUCCCCAUUUCUCAGAUCCGUUUCCCAUUUGGAUGUCCCUUCCUCAGCCCUGGGCACCACACGCCUUGGCCCCGUGUCCUCGUUGUCCCUUGUGGCUCUGGCACAACUGGGGGCCUCCUCAUCGUUGCGGAGCCCUGCGCGGCUGGAAGUGAUGCUACCAGUGAUGGACGUUGCGUUUUUAGAUCCUUCAUCGCCCUUGCGAAGCCUCGCCCAAUCAGACCUCGCGAUGUUGCCUUUGGGACCCCUUCACCUUGCCUCUCCACCGUUGGCCCUGGACCGCAUCCUCCUGGACUCCUCCGCUUCGCCGCGGGGCUUGGCGCGCCCGGGUUCGAGCUCGCCAGCGCCGGAGCCUGGACGGAUGGAGCCGACGCUGCUGCUACGGCCCCUUGGUCAAUACCAGGCCCCAAUAAAGCCCCCAAAACGAAUAGAAGCAAUACCCAAUCAUGGUUUCGUUGGGGGGGGAUGGUGGUCAUGA